GAUUUUUAUGGUGUAAGUGAAUGGCUUCCAGUCUAUUCCAUAUAAAUCCAUAUAUGUGAUCAGUAUCAUGGAAUUCCCUUUCCUCUUAACCCCUCUAGUUGUAUGAUGCUGAGAUAUUUGCAUGGUAUCUCAUUCCGCUCCUUUACAACAUCUACCGGUUUUUUCUGUCUUGGUUUUGCUACCGAAUCCUAUUUCCAUCGUAACAAGCGAGACACACUGCUUUAUAUAAAGAGGCAUUCCGCCGCCGCCGAAGACAAGAUGGCGAUUCAAAAUCAAAUCAAGACUCCUUUUCAGACCUUAUUCGCCGUACCGAUGACAUGUGACGGCUGUGUCAAAUCAAUUUCCGAUGCGCUGUAUAAUCUCGAAGGCAUCACCAAGGUCGAAGCCAAUUUGAAGGAUCAACUGGUGACAGUCGAGGGGACUGCUGCACCAUCUGUCAUUGUGAGCGCUAUUGAGUCCACAGGCCGGGAUGCUAUACUGCGAGGAUCGGGUGCAUCAAACGGCGCAGCUGUAUGCAUUCUCGAGACGUAUCACCGCAAUGAGAAGGGUGGUGAGGAAUUGGUGCCUGCUUCGGCUCCAGAGGCCUCUACGGAAGGAUCAGGAGCAAGUGACAGGGAGGUCAGGGGCUUAGCUCGUAUGGUGCAAGUAUCUCCUACGACGACCCUGAUAGACUUGACAGUCCGUGGUGUUACUCCCGGAGUAUACGCGGCAAGCAUCAGAGAAUACGGCGACCUGAAGUUUGGUGCUACAUCUACGGGUCCGGUUUGGGCAGGCGGGAGUGGUACAACUCAACCCCGUGGCAUCGUCGGUACUAUACAUGUUGGGAGUGAUGGUCGAGGCGCGGCCUUUCUAGACCACUCCUUCCAGGUCUGGGAGGUUAUUGGGCAUGCAAUGGUUGUCUCUAAACAACACGAAGGGGUUACGGAGGCUGAGCUGAAGAACGACGAAAACACUGUUGUCGGCGUCAUUGCGCGAAGCGCUGGGAUGUGGGACAAUGAUAAGACGGUGUGCUCGUGCACGGGGAAGACGCUUUGGGAGGAAAGAAAAGACGAAGUUAAGAAGGGUAUGAUCUAAUGUUCGAAGUAGUUCGGCACGACAUCCCGGAUCGUCAACGUGUACUGAAGAAUAAGGCUUUCCCAUAAAAGCCGUCAGCCUCCAGCAGUUCGUUCUCUCGUCGAAUAAGACAUCCUCGAACAGUCCGAACAGGCCGACUUUGCUUUAAGGGUCUAAUUCGUUCCCAAAUAGUCCAUCAAGGUAUGCAGGGUAAUUCAGGGACCUGUUCUUGCGUUUCCAUCCCGCUGGCGACGCACAGCAACUCGUCGCGGCGCGAUCCGUCGUAGUAGGGCAGACAUUGGACGAGGUUACAUUAAAUCAGAUGACAGAUCUGCCCCGGUCAUGUCAUUCGAUUUAUUCGGACAAGAAACACUCCUUAUCAAUACAAACACAUCUAGGGGCUUCGGGAUAGCGUUGCCGACCAGUUGCCUAGAAGAGACUUUAAGAAUCGCGUGAUAUCGUAUACUUGAUGGCACGAUACAACGAACCACGGUGGCGCCACUACUAUCCCCCAGCUAAGAUCUCAUGAUGAAUCGCCGCCAAGAAUUGCCUCGUUGGGAUGCCAUUCCUACAAAAGCCACUGCCGUCCAAUAAUCCAAACGAAACA